CGUCCGUCUACAGACCACGAGACGAGUCGAGCAUCUGAUAUGCAAUCAGGAUUCCGACCUUAGCAACCUUUCCUUCGCAGACAUCCUCAGCCAUGCCGUAGCCUUCUCCCGGGCUGCAUCGCAGGGCAGGGCAGGGCAGGGCAGGGUCCCUUCUUGACUCGCUAGGCCUGCGGGUGUGGCGUUUUCUCGCCAAUCACACCCCGAAGAACUUGCUCAAGUUGGACUGCCUCUGACCUUGCGUUUGUCUACCUACCUUCACGGCCAUCAGCCAUCACAUCAAAUGCUUACCAUGAUCCCAACUCUCCUAACUCUCCCUCUCCCACGUCCACCAAGCCCUCCCCUCCCCUCCCCUCCCCCACCAGACGCUGGACUCCAUCGCCCACCUCGGACACAAGAAACCAAAAGACCGGCGGGGUCUUGUGAAUUUUAUGUGUCCACCGCCGAGUUUCACACCAUCCUUACGAAGUUAGUCAACAGACAGACGAAUUGACACUCGCUGUCCGAUCCCGACUCAACUCAACGACCAGUCCCAUGAGCUCGGAUCUAUCCCACUACAAUACACCCAACCAGGUCCCCAUCUGCAAAUAAGAAACCUACCUACCUACCUACCUCUUUGAAAUCCGCUGCCGACUCCCUCCCCCCUUCCAAUUAAUCAGCGCAAAUCCCCUCUUUGUCCUCCCUCGUCCCUCCAACAUCGUCCGUCCUAUGGCCGCCGUUUCCAACACUGAUUCAACGAUUAUCGCAUACGAGUCCCUUCCACCUCGCUGAUCAAGAAGAUUUAGGAUCUAGAUCACCCGCAGACGCGCCAGACGCUGGUACCAGGUCAGGAAAGAACAGGACUUCUGGAACACUCGCUUGCCUGGAUUCAUACAGCCUCAUUGCGCCGGUCCCCAGUGCCAGUUCAUGCAGGCUGCGGCGACCCGAGGGUAUUGACAGCAUCUUCCGAGAACCUCGAGCCUAUUUCGACUUCGUCAACUUGUGCAGCUUGCCUUACCUUGCCUUAUCUACUGGUACCGACCUACCGAUUACGAAAACCUAUUCUGCGGCGAUCGCCCACCAGUCGAGAUGCCGUUAAUCAAUGGAAUGAAGAUGGCCUGUGAGCCAUGUAUCCGAGGCCAUCGAUCCACGAAAUGUACCCAUGCGAACGAGAGAUUGAUGGUACCAGUGAGGAAACCAGGACGACCAUUAAGCGCUUGCCCACAUCCCCAGGAUCAAGCGUGUGGUUGUAGCAGUGUAACUGCUGCCAUUCCACGAAAGCAAGCAUGCCACUGUGCCGCUGAUCCCACUUCACCAUCCAAGAUUGUAUUUAAAAUCGACAAGAAAGCUGGCAGACCGCCGCCUAGUAGGAAACCGUCUUCCACGGCAGGCCUUGAAAGGAUGGAUCCGACUCAAAUAAACAUACAUGGACCACAAGGCAUCCCGGUGACCUACUCCAAUGGUUAUGCUGUUCCCGCUCCAGCUCCACAAAUGAUUGGGUUUGCGCCGCCAUAUCCACAACAUCAUUAUGCCAUUCCAAUACAGCCUCAUCCGCAGGGCAUUUACAACGGGACUAAUGGUUACAUGAAUGGCGGGGUACAUAAUGGACUCGAUCAUUUCAUGGAGAGUCCUUUAGCCACGCCUGUACCUUUUAAUAGUCGAGACUCUGGCAAAUUCACGAAUGGAGGCUCAUAUAUGGAAGCUACGGAACCUAUCGCAGAAGUCGCGGUGACCAAUGGAGGAUCAUGUUGUGCUCCCAAACAGAACGGUAACAAGACCAACGGCCAUAGUCACACAUCGAGUACAAGUUCAGUAUCAGAACCUCGAGAACUUGCUCCAAAGGUUUCAAGUUGCUGUUCCUCUAAAGUCAAGCCAAAACUCGAACCAGUGUCAACACAAGCAACACCACAGAUGGCGCAUCAAAUGCUACCCCAUAACGGUAUACAUUUCCAACCGACUGUCUUCACUUACCCCGCCACCUACGGCUCCUUCCAGAAUCCACUCCACCCAACCGCAUGGCGACAAAGCUUGCAAACAAAUAACUAUACUCAAGUUCCCUUCCCACCAGGUCAGUUACCAUUCGAUACACCUCUUGGCCCUGGGCUUGAUACCGUGCAUACAUGCGGUUGUGGAGAUGGAUGCCAAUGUGUCGGUUGCGCCGCCCACCCAUACAACGACGCUACCCAAGACUACGUCCGCUCAGCCUAUAACCUCUCCAUGGAACACGUCAACAAUGAGCCGUACACAAACGGCCACCACCCAACCAACAGCAAUGGAGCCAUAAACGGAAAUGGAAGUGUCAACGGAAACGGCGUGCCAACUACACAGCCUGUAGCGGACACAGUUGCGUCGCCUACAGCACAUACACCCUCAAGCACUACGUCGGCCAACGGCGAAGAGCAGAACUACUCCGCCGCGGACUUCUUCUUCGUCAGCUAUCCAUUCUCUGGCGACGGCUGUGGAGGUGACACGCAAAGCUGUCCUUGCGGCGACGAUUGCGAGUGUCUAGGUUGCACGAUCCAUCGACAACCUCCUAUACCGUGUAUCGGUGAUGAUGCGGGCUGUCCCUGCGGUGACGAUUGCCAGUGUAUUGGGUGCGAGAUACAUAAAACCAGUGUUCCUCCUUCAGUCCUUACGGCAGCUGAAGCACCUGAGGCACCACUUCCGGAGUGACCUAGAAGGAUCGCAAUAUUUUUCUUUGAACUUGAUAUUCAUGGAUGCAAGCAUUUACCGGCGUUGACGACUUGGGAGUAACUAAAUGUGUGUGCAUGUUGGGAAUUUGCUAUUUGCCAAUACCUAGCCAAACUAUGAGACUUGACUGGCAUGUCGUCUCACUAAUUGCAUUGCAUAUACAGGUUGGGCUGGGCUAUUAUGGGAGGAAUAAAUGGAUGGGUGGACAUAAAAUGGGCUUCUAAUUCGUUUAAUUCUGGUACAGCGACCAGUAAAAGGGAAAUGGGAAAUGGGCGGGCAGUUUCUGAAUCAAAGAUACCCUUUCUCUCUUGCUCUUGCCGGUCACAUGAAAGUUUUGUUCAUAGUUUAGAUAGUAGUGUGAUUGAAAAAAAUCAAAAAGUCCGACUGCGAUGUUACGUUGCAAAAGUCGUUGGGAUCAAUGAUAACUGUUUUCGAA